AUGGAUCCAUAUUCGGUGUAUGAAGUCUUGUUGCAUAUCUUCUCUUAUCUGGAUAUCCGAACGCUUUGUCGAGCAGCCUGUGUGUCUCGACAAUUCCGCUGUCUUGCCGACGAUGCCCUGGCACGGGUACACAGUCUCAAUCUUCAAGCCUAUUGGCCAUGGCUUUCUAACACCGGAUUGCUUAGUCUAGGCAAACGGUUAGGUUGUGUAAACCUGGCCGUCCGCGCUGCGGCAGCCGUAUCCAGUGGUAAUCCAGUCGCGCCUUUCAACUUACUCCGGCGACAGAAAGAGGAAGGCGAAUCACUGGUAGACACAGAAGAUCCGGGUCUGCCUAACUCGAGUGGUGUGCUUUUCAAUCGAUGCGAAUCGCCUCGUUCUUCCCGUUCGAACACGUUGGGCGCUCGAGUGCGCAGUGUUAGUCGGAGAGCUCGAGCUGCAGCUGCAGCCGCUGCAACUGUCCUCCUCGGACAAAAUCACAGUUCCGACGACGAGGAGAUCACGGACGAGUCAUUGGACGAUAGAUUGUGGACGAGUAAAGCGCACCGACUAAGCCGUGAGUGGUUAGACGCUUUUCACACGGCGUUUGAAGUAUGUCGCCUCAAGCGCCUGGAUUUAUCGUGGUGUGGUAACUAUUCUCAAAUCUCUCCCACUGCUUUCGAACACUUCCUCGGUGAUUGUUGUCGUCAGUUGACCACUUUGCGUUUGUCCAGCUGCAAGUUCCUCAACGACGAUUGCCUGUUGCAUAUUGUAAACACAUGUGCUCAGCUCAAAGGUGAGUUAGUGUUCCUCGUUUGGUACAGUGGCGUGAUUAAGUGGUAA